AAGUGAUCCUAACUCUUUACCAUGUCAACAACACCUUCGCCAAGGAAACCUAAUGGGAACGAGUCGAUGCUGCGGCUUCACCCUCGUGGUCCGCCCCCGUUGCGUAUGAAUCACGCAACCCCACCAUCGGCAGCAUUGGCAGGUUAUCCCCACGUAUCGGUACCGCAUCGUUCGCGAAUGUCGCCUCGUCAGGUAAAACUUCAACGGAUGGAUCCAUCGCCGUCGUACACAAUUCAAUCGCCACUACGUGAUCAGAUAUCGACCAAUUUUCACCACGAGCUUUUCCAACUUCACCAACUUUUGCGGGAUAUCAUUGAGGCAAAGCACCCAGACUAUCUGCAACAGUUUGACUCACAACAGUCUGCAGUGAUAUCUCGGGAUCGACGAAUACUGGAGUUGCUGACAAGUGAUCGCGGUGAUACUGUGCUGAAGGAAUUCUUUGUGCGAUGGCGGCAGUUCCUAAGAAGCAAAAACGUAGUUGAUGACCCCCAUCAAGACGAUGAAGAAGAUGACGGGUCUGUGCUCUGGGAAGUAUUCGAGACAUUCUUCUCCAACCUCCCGCUCGUGUUGUCAGAAAGUGAAGUUGGGGGUGCGGGCAGUCCGAAGGCGUUCUUUCGCUACGUUGACUCGCUCAAAUCUCUACGUGAUCUAUUGAUUGCCCUCCUAUUUAAACGUCCAGCACGCGAUACCAACGACUUUACUGAAGACAACAGCGACGAAGACAAUGCCACUGGAUUGCAAUCAAGUAUUGGGCUGGGUUUUGGACUGAAUUUUAACGUUUGGAGCGACAGUUCAUCGCUACGGUCUACACGGCGAUCACCGUCAACCAAUCGACCCAAGGACCGCGUUCCGUUCUACCUGUAUUGUCAGCAACUAGAAAGUGAGCUCGAGUCACUACGACGACGAGUUCCACACAGAAGACCCCGCAGUCCGGGAGUCGUAGCUGGGGCUUUGGGUGAAGUAGGUAUCUUGCAGGACAAUACGGUCAUGCUGUUGUUAGACUUUUGGGGACUACCUCACGAGGAACGCUUGGCAUUCUUUUGCCAGAUUGCAAGCCAAGCUAACGAACACGAGGCCAGUGCCAUCCUACACAUAUUUCUUGACAACUGCACCACUCAGACGUUUAUGCAGAUCUGGGCAGCUCUUCAACAAUCACCACAGUUCCAGAAGAUGAUCCAAGAAGCAAAACUGCAGCUUGAGCCAGCAACAGUCGAUGAGAAAGUAGCUUCAUCCACAAACACGGCUGAAAAUGAGAAGGAGAAAGAAGCACUCAAGGUCGAAACAACUGACGAGAAGCCCCUGGGUUCGCGAGGACCUGCCAGGAAGCGAGGACGACGUUCCACUCGAUUCGUCGAUCUCAGCGGCAUCACUGAGGCCUAUGACGGCAAUGAAAAUGACGGGGAUAGCUCGGACGAGAACGACGAUGAAUUCAAAGAAAAUCUUGGAGAUACAAAGCACGACAAGCGUCGGCUCCAGAAGUUUACAAUACGUGAGCGAGGGCGGUUGUCUUUGUCUGGCCCUAGUGAGCGUGUAGAUAAGGAGAAUCAGAGCAGUAGACGCACCUCCUUUCGUCGGAGCGAUCACAGUCGAAGGCGACUUAAAACACCGGUCGACAGAGAAUCCACGCCGUUGCUUGAACUUCUUCACAAUGAUCUCACUGAGGUUAUCAAGAUGGAGAACGGACCGGGUGUACAUGUCAUGGAUGCAGUUUGGCAAUUGCUCGAGGCACUCGACGGGCAGGGGAAACAUGCAUCCAAGAGCGGGUAUCAUCGUCACGUACCGCUACCUGCUCCCGUAGCAGUCAUACCAGUGCAACCACCUCAGCCAGAUCAGCAGAUUAUCACACAAAACCCACGAGGAUCGAUACGUACGCCUCUCUCAGUUGAGCAGCAGUUCUUGAUGAAGUUAGAUCAACUACAAUCGAUGCUAGUUGCGCUGGGUGAUGCACGUGUUCACACGAUGAGCACCGAGACGAUCACUGGCGCAUAUCGACGCAUGCCCAUCCUGGCAAAACUCUUUGCAGCGCUCGCUGACACAAGUUUAGGCGCUGCUGGAGUCGAUACAGCAGGCGGUGGCAUGACUAAAGUUGUCAGUAAUUAUGGAACUACACAGCAUCUCACUAGCUCCUGGCAAGCUGGGCCUUCGAACGAGAAACCUUUUGCUCCUUUGCCAGUAAAACCAGAAGUAUACUCAACCACAGCCGGCGACAAUGUUCGCGAAGAUGUUGAGGCAAUGGGUGUAUUGCUUGUCAAGCUCAGCAAGUUCGUGCGCAGUUUGGCUCCACUCGUCGACAAUGAAGAUUCAGCACCGAGCAGUGUGAGCGCAAGUGACGACGUUCUUACCAUCAUGGAUCUUGCAUCUAAACUCGAGAACGCUGGAGCACUCGUUGAAGCCCCUGUAGUUUCGCCAGGAGGAGGCAAACGUCGACUCUCAUUAGCUGCUGACCGCGACGUGCCAAUACUUCUUGCGGUGCAGUCGCUUGCACGCUCCAACAACUUCGACGUCGUAUCUCAACUGAUUUCAUCUGCCGUCAAGGCAAAAAUGGCACGUAUUCGAGUUGCUGCAGCCGAAGCAAAAACAAAUGAUGAAGGCGGAGACGACAGUGAUGACGACGAUACUGCUGUUGCUGAAGGUGACGAAGAAGCGAUGAGGAUCGUCACAAAUCUACGACGUGCGUCCGCGAAGGCAGCUCAACUACAAGAGAGUAAAUACCAAAUGACUGUGCCAAUGCAAGGUGGAGAAAGCCCGAACGUGUCAAGUGAAGGUGAUACCGGUUUUGUUGCUGCUAUUCGUGCAAACAAAGGAGAUAUCCCGGUGAACAUCAAGAAUGCUGGAGCGCUGCGUGGCGUCAAUCUUUUUAACGUGGAUAUUCUUCUGCGCAUUGUCAAUCAGGUGAGUUGUUGACUUCAAAAUUGCGGAAUGGUCUAGUUUGAUUUGAAUUGGCUGCUGGUUUAGCUUUAUCGUGACAACUACGAGGGCAUGGUAUCGACGCUACAGUACGGAAAUCGACGUAUGGAGUUCAGCGAGUUCAUUUACGACUGGCACAUUCGCAAGUACGGGCUCAAGACACUUGCACAACGUCACCUGCUGAAACUCAUUCAGUCUCUGCGUAAACACGAAAAGAAGGUUUUCCAGUGUCAUCUCUGCCUACGGUUCAUGGGCAUUCAGAUAUCCAUUUCACCACUUAUUGUUCUUACAUUUGCAUGAUCUUUCUCGCUACGAUUCACACGAGUUGUCUUUAACGGUCUUGACUCGUUUUGUGUUGUUUUUGUCGUUGUUUCGUCCACAACCCCUUAGGUUUCCACGAACACAAGUUUGUUUUGGUAAGGUGACGUCAAUGUUCUUGUGGAAGCGCAAAUAAUACAUAUGCAUGUCUUCAUUCUGUAGGGUUUGCUUAGUCGGUGGUCUCUUGGGACCUUCUUGGGUGGUUCCAAGCACCGUAUUGAGAUACCAAAGCGACAAUUCAAGAUACGCAUCACGUUUGCAAUAUCGACAGUGCAAGAAGCACUACGAGAACGCUUCGGAGUGUAUGCUCGCGGGAUGGACGCGUUAGCAGAGCGUAUCCGAGCAAAGGCGUGUCCACGCGACGACGAGUUUAUUCUUGAAAGUGACCUGCUAACGUUAUGUGUGGAAGAGUUCGAGUCACAGCGAGCAUUACUCGAGAAGGUGCUUGGAGCUGUGUACCAGGCGGGUGACAUCAACGGCGAUGGUAGCCUCGAGUUCGACGAGUUUGCGUCCGUGGUGACCCAUUUAUCUCCAACAGUGGAUGACCGAUUCCUACAGAAGGUAUUUGAGGCAGCUCACGACUUCACAAAGCCACAUAGAAUCUCUUUUGCUCGAUUCCUGGACGUUAUCUUGCUGGAGAGGGUGCUUAGUCCAGCUCCUCUCAGUGCUGCAGCUACGGGUAUAGCAAGAGCCAAGAACGCCGCUGCAGCAGCCGCAGCCAGCAGUACUGGUGGACCUAGCCUCGCCACCAGUGGCAGUUCCCAGCAACCUAACAGUACUGCUAAAGCAGCCUCACAAGAUGACCAAGAGGAAGCGUACCAGUUCGAACUACUGCGCGAAACGUGGGCACACGAUCGCGAGGCUGUCGCCCAAGUACUUCAAACGAGCAUCACCCACGCGCCAACAGCGAAGUCACUUAUAUUCCGUGUUGCUUUCCUGGACCAACUACUGGAUCGUCGCGUAGAUGCGAAGACAGCGUGGCUGUGUCAUCGACAGAUCAUGCGCGAGAUAUCACGGUACCAGCAUCUCGAUGCCGACCAAAUAGCCGGGCUACGGCGGAAGGAGCUACAGUUCAAGACGACUGUGCGCGCCAUUCAAAACGUUCAAAGACUUAGCGCACUCUUCGGUGUGAACCCUGCGCUUCCAGGUACUAAUGAAGAUGAAGGCUUAGUCGACACUCCCGAGGCUCCUAGCUACACCUCAGUAGUCCAACAAUCGCUCGAUGCACAAGCGACCGGAAUUCCAGACGUCGCGGACGUCGCGGCGUUGGAAAACGAGCUACGCGAGACAUUCCUCGAGAGAGCGGAUGAAGGUGCGAUCGAUGACUACAUGGCGGCUUUGCAGCACCUACGUCGCGUGAGUAUAAAGCGGCAGUCGCUACAGUUCGAUGAGUUGACUAUGCCAAGGAUCGAGGAAUCCCUACCUGAGGGCAAUGAGACCGACACAGAUGAUGAUGACGAGAGCAAAGAAGACGAAGCUGAAUAUGACCACGAGGAGGUCGGACCAUCGUCACCACAAAGUUCACAAAUAAACUGAAGUUGAAGUGGAUGACUAAGAUAUGUAGCCAUGUCUCGUCUCAUGGUUGACGUUAUACAAACCCUUAUCAUAUUUACUGCUACAC